GAGCUACAGUCAAAUGUGAGGGUACUCUCUGUCUUAAAUGAGAUACUGUACUUCCCAAGAACAUCUUAAUGAUUAGAUUGAAUAAGUAUUCCCUGACUUUAAAAGGUAUGCUCAAAAUAUUUGUUCCACUUAAUAAUUAAAUGAAAACAUUUGUUUCAAAGGCAGGGUGAUGGUAAUACUGCAGGCGUUUCAUCAUCCAUAGUUUCUUAUCAUUUUUUACUGUAACAUUUUUUGUUCUAUUUAUUUUUUAAUUACAGUGUAAAUCUACUCAUUGCUAACUGGACUCUGACGAACCGACUCUAGGUAGCAAGUUUUCGAUUAAUAAGUUCUCAUUCAGACAUUCAUACGUUCCUUCGACAUGCACUAGGUGUAAGUGCAGGUACAGUGUAUACAAAAAAGAUCACAUCCAUUGUUUGAAUUACUGUUCCCUAUACUGGUACACGAAUAUUAGAUGUAACUUUGUAGCAUUUGUAAUAUGUAACUUUAUUUUGCAGCUCCGGUGGUUAGACUGGUUUGUUUAGAUAAUUUGGAAAAAUAUCACUUGAUAAUGCACUUCCGAAAGCUGAAUCUAAACAUAAAUUAAUAAAACAAUUGCUUCCUUAGCAUUACAUUAAGAAAUUUGAGAACCAAUAUUCAAUCUCGUUUGUUUAAAUUGCACCCUGAUUUUUUUAUGGUCUUUUUAGUCUUUUUCCGGUGGCUGUCUUCUGAUCCACUUGGCGUUGAACGCGGUUUCCCAUGUCUGUAUUCUGAAAUUGAAAGGUUGAGUGUGGAGGAUUGAAACAGAAAAAGAGCCUAGAUCUUAAUACGCCUGACCACCCUUCAGGUUUUAAUUUGUGCUACAAUACAUCAAUCUCCUACUGCAGAAUGUGUCACCCUGAGUUCAUUAUGUAAAUAAGAACAACUAAAGUCCAUUAAAGAAAUUAAAAGGCUAGGAGACCUAAACUAUUUUAAUUGCAAGACCAUCAGUGCCGCCGGGGCUGUUGGAAAACAUAACCACAUAACAUAAUCACAUAACCACGAAAAGCCCAACUCGAACCCUCUCGAUACGUGCUGCGCGUAAUUGAGGGAAAAGGACGGAUGUGAGAACGCAUGAGGAAUACUCCGCAAAUCCCACCUCCUCUCAGAACAGUGGUGUACGCGAUGCCAAGACCGGGGAGAGAGAGACCGAAAUAGCCGCUCUCACGUAAUUAAAUAAAUUGAAAGUGCGGAUUCACCUCCGAAACCAAAUGCGUCAGCAGCUCCAAGCUUCUUUUUUUUUUGUUCCUUUGGACCUCUCCACUGUUGCAGUGGACACAUCUGAAAAAUAAAUGUCCCGUUGGUCAGUUCAUUCCUGUCCGCCUUUCACAAACUGGCCGUUUUAGUCAUCCACUUGCAGGAUACAUUUUAACAACUUGGGAGGCUGAAGUGUCAAUAUACUCCGCGAUCCUUCGUUCUCUUAAUUGGAGAUUUGGGAAAGAACUCACAAAGGAAACAUGGAAGUUUGCAGAGGGCGUUUACUGGGAAUUUCGGUGGCUGUUGCGCACGGAUUUUUCUCGGGAUCUUUGAAUAUUUUAUUAAAAUUUCUGAUUACAACUUACAACUUCCAGUACCUCACUUUAAUCCAGUUUCUGACGAGCAGCACUGCAGCACUAACCUUAGAGGGUCUCAGGAGGCUGGGAAAAGUAGAUGUACCCCCGUACAGCCUGCAGUUAGCCAAAGUUUUUGCCGGUGUAACAGUUUUAUCUACGCUGCAGUCCACAUUGACCCUGUGGUCGCUUAAGGGGCUUAGUCUUCCCAUGUAUGUGGUUUUUAAACGAUGUCUUCCUCUGGUCACGCUGACUAUCGGUGUCUGCGUCCUGAAGAAUGGAGUCCCAUCUAUUGGAGUAAUAACUGCAGUGGUCAUCACCACCGGGGGAGCUGCAUUAGCAGGCGCUGGAGAUCUGACGGGAGACCCGUUUGGAUACGUGACUGGGGUGCUGGCCGUCAUUAUCCAUGCGUCAUACCUUGUGAUCAUUCAGAAGACAGGCACAGACAACGACUACGGGCCGCUGACAGCCCAGUACGCUAUCGCUGUGACGGCCUCCCCCCUGCUGCUGAUCUGCUCCUUUGCCAGUCUGGACUCCAUUAAUGCCUGGUCCUACCCAGGAUGGACGAGCCCUUUCAUCACCUGCACCUUUGUAGCCUGCAUCCUCAUAGGCUGCGCUAUGAACUUCACCACCCUGCACUGCACCUAUAUCAACUCUGCCGUCACCACCAGCUUUGUGGGGGUGGUGAAGAGCGUCGCCACGAUCACGGUGGGAAUGCUGGCCUUCAGCGACGUGGAGCCCACCAAGCUGUUCAUUGCAGGCGUGGUGGUCAACACCGUGGGCUCCAUCACGUACUGCAUUGUGAAAUAUUUUGAAACCAAAAAGAAGAGCAAAUACGAAAACCUGGAGGAGGCGGCCAGGGACGAGACGCCGGUGGGUGAGCCACACCGGGAAGAAGGAACACGGCCAGAUGGGGACCCGGAGGCGGUACCGAAUGGAGCCGCGGCAGGACCCGUGGAGCUAAACGAUCCAGGGGAGCCGAGUGGUGGGGACGGGACGGUGGAGUCUUACGCACUGCAAACAAAAGCCAACCCGGGCGAGCCGGAGGGCCAGAGCCCGUCACCGAGCGACAGUUAUGUAGGGGUGUGGAGAUCCAUCCGGAACAUUAGGUUUCUGAAGAAAGACACGUUGAUUGAAAACGAAGAGCUGCAAAGCCCUUAACGCGGAAUCUGCCUGUUUGUGAAAAGAGCGCAUGUUGUCGUCCCGAGUGACUGCUCUUGAAUACUGUACUAAAAGUUUUUAUCCCGCUUACAGGUGGUCCACGGGAACAGUGCCGUCUUAUUUUCCGAAUCGUAUCAAAAGUGAAUUCGUUUUGUUCCUUGUGGACCGGUUGAAAAUGUGACGGUUUUCCCUGUCAUUACAGAAUAUCGUCCUGUCUGGGUCAAGCAAUAAAGGAAAUCGAUUGCUAUAA